AUGCAAUCGUUUAUGGAGCUAAGCAAGCAAAACAUGGAGAUGACCAAACAGCAUUUGGAAUCUCAGUCCACAACCAUAAAAAGACUUGAGACCACCGUGGGGCAACUGUCGGGCACUCUGAACCAGCUACAGCAGCAGCAGAACCGGCGACAUCAGGCUCUGGCCAUUACUGCGCUGCCAGAGCAGAAUACACCGCCAGCGCUGUCCAAGAUGCCAGAGCUGAUCAGGGUGCCAGAGCAGAGUACGGUACCAGAGGAGAGGAAGGGAACAGAGCAGAAGAGGAUGCCAGCCCUGGCAAGUCCAGCCCUGGCAAGUUCAGCGUUGCCAUAUCCAGCCCUGCCGAAUUCAGCGUUGCCAUAUCCAGCCCUGCCGAAUUCAGACCCGCCAAGUGCAGCUAUGCCUAAUUCAGCUAUGCAGAAUUCAGCCCUGCAGAACUCAGCACUGAAGAAUCCAGGUAUGCAGCAUUCAGCCCUACAAAAUCCAGCUAUGCAGCUACGCAGAGCGCCAGAGAUGAGAAGAGCGCCAGAGUUGAUAAGGCGGCCAGAGCAGAAACUUCACAAAGCCACUACGCCAUAUCAACCUCCGAUCCAACGUCCCAGCCCACCUCUGCCACCAACGAUUGUUGAUCCAACCCAACCCUUACCGAAGCAAGCAGAUCCAGGAAGUUUCAUUCUUAGUUUUGGUUUGGGAAGAGCUUGA